CUCUCUCUCUCUCUCUCUCCGGCAUGGCAGAUUUCUCGUAUCUGUCAGACAGCGACGAUGAAAAAGCAGUGCAAGAGCUUCUCUCUCAGGCAAUGGACCACUCUGUUCUUGAACAAGUUGCAAAAAUAAACUGCUCUGGUUUCACUGACUCGGAUCUUCCAACUCACCUAGAAACCCGGUUCCAAAAGCUCAAAUCCUUCCCAGCCACAAAACCCAAGUCUCCAAAUCUCACCACUGACCCAAAGAAUUUAGCCUCUUCAAGCUUCAAUUCAAAGCUUUCUUCUCACAAAUCGUUAAAACCCCAAUUGGACAACGAGUUGAAGAACUCAAUUCGAGCGAAAACUGAGUCAGACUCGCUCUCCGACGAUGAAAAUGUGUUUCAAGAGGAAGACCCAAAAGAGAAAAAGCGUUUGAAUCCAAAACUACAAUCAGGGUUUGAUUUUUCGCCUUCAAAAUCAUCAAAUUCAUCAAGGGAAAGUGCCAUUUUCUCCCCUUCCAAACAAAACCCAGAUGGUAAGUCAGGCUCGAAAUCCAAAUCCCAAUCUGGGUCAGCUCUAUCUCGAUCUGAUUCUUGGGAUAUCUCAUUGGAUUCUCUAUCUCCGCCACAGAAAACCGGCUGUUUUCUCUGUUCUCCGAAAAGGGUUUCUAGGAAAAAGAGCAAAGAAAACAGAAUUGGGGGUGCAAGUCUUGAUUGGGGAAAGAAUUGGACAAAGAACGAUGAGUUUUUAUCAGAUUUGAGUACUUUUUCGACGAAAGAGCAACAAAAGAUGCUGAAGAAGGCCAUGAAAGAGGAAGAGAAGAUUAGUCGUGAAGCAGAGAAAAUUGUCAAGUGGGCGAAACAAGCGUCGGCGAGGAUGGAUGUUUUGGGAAUUGAAGAUGAACUAAGUGACCAUGAGAGCAAGAAGUGA